AUGAGCUUGAAAGAAGUAUUCGAACAACAUCCAUGGAGGUCAUUUAAGAAGUUCAAUGAAGCUGCAAAGAGUUGGGGAUUUACUAACAGAGCUGAAGUUAAAAGGUUCUUUGACAAAAAUGUUGUACAUCAAACAAAAAUAAACCCUUACGACUACUUUUUACCAAUUUACUCCAACGCUCCU